AUGGCGCUGCACAACUCGCAACUCCGCAGUCUCCCUUCGCGACUCUUCGGAAUCUCCCGACAACAAGUUCGCACAGUUACUAAAAAGGCCAAUCCUGUACCCCUUCCCACUCCAUUCGUUCCCGAUGCCCAAACCUUCCUCACGUUGAUCGGCCGUGGAAUGUCGAAGCACGCCAGCAAGUUCGAGACAUGGGACACCCUUUUCAGCUCGGAUUCCUCAAAACUCCGCGAAAUGGGCAUUGAGCCAGCCCGCGCACGACGUUAUCUUAUACAAAAGCGCCAAAAAUUUAUUGCCGGAAUCCAUGGCCCAGGAGGAGACCUCGACCACGUAGUGGAUGGUGCCGGCGAAUUGCGAGUGGUGGAAGUGCCGCAAGAAUACAAGAAACCUACAGCAGCUGAAGGCGAAUUGGCCACAGGUCAAAACUCUGCAAUUGUAUCGUCUGCAUCAUUGACCCCCGGAAUGGUCAAGGUCCUGGUCAAUAUGCCUCUGGGUAUCAAAUACCACCACGAUCCAUCCAAACCACUCAAGUACUUCAACUCUAUGAAAAUUCGCUUAGGCAAGGUCCAAGGGCCAUUCUUGAAUCCAGUCAAGGGAAGCCAUGGUACUGCUGCGAGGAUCAGUGUUCAGGAGGGCAUGUGGGAGGACAAGCGGGGACACAAGGUUGACGGAGGUGAACGACGACAGACCGAGGUGCGGGCCAAAAAGUGGCUUGAGGAACGCAGAAACGCAUAA